GACAGUUAAGCUUCCUUAUUUUUAAAAGGAAUUAUACCUUUUUAACUCUCUUGUUUUAAUGGUUUACAAUCAAAUAAUGAUAUUUAGGCUUUCUGCGAUUUGACUUUGUAGUAAUCAAAUGAAUAACAGCAAUGUUUUAGUUUUAAACAAACUUGUUUAGAUGGUUUUUAAAAUAAUGGCAGCAACAUUUUAGCUUUCUAUGGUCUUAUUUUAGUAGUGAUAGCUGAUAAUGUGGGAAAAAAAGAGCAAGCAUAGUUAUUCGCAUAAAUUCUACUGCACAGCUGGCCGAUCCUUUCUUCAUUCACAAGACUGACCUAAUAUUCACAACAUAAGAUGACUGAGAACUUGAAAUCUAUUAAGCAUGUGUUUUUAAUUUUGUCUGGCAAAGGAGGAGUUGGUAAAAGUACAUUUGCUGUACAGUUUGCUCAAGGCUUGGUGAAGCAGGGAAAGAAAGUUGGCAUCCUGGAUGUAGAUUUGUGUGGUCCAAGUAUACCCCACAUGCUAAAACUAAAAGGAAAGGAUAUUCACCAGUGCACAGAAGGUUGGGUGCCAGUGUACACAGACAGCAGUCAGAAUUUAGCAGUGAUGUCUAUUGCUUUUUUACUGAAGAACGAGAAUGAUGCAGUUGUUUGGCGAGGUCCAAAAAAGAAUGCUAUGAUCAAGCAGUUUUUAUCUGAUGUUUACUGGAAAGAUGUAGAAUAUUUAGUAAUUGACACCCCACCUGGUACUUCAGACGAACACAUUUCAACAGUGGAAGCCUUGCAAGCAUUACAUCCAGACGGAGCUAUACUGAUAACUACUCCGCAAAAUGUUGCUACUGCUGAUGUAAAAAGGGAGUUGACAUUUUGCCGUAAAACUUCUAUGCCUGUAUUGGGUAUAGUUGAAAAUAUGAGUGGUUAUGUUUGUCCGUCUUGUAAAGAAUGUUCAAAUAUAUUUUCAAGUGGUGGUGGCGAAGAGCUAGCAAAACAUGCUGGUGUUACUUAUUUAGGAAACAUACCUUUUGAUCCUUUGUUAGCAAGCGCUCUUGAUGAAGGAUCCAACAUGAUGGAUUCGGAGGAUUCUCCAACAACAAAAGCAAUUAAUCAAAUUAUUAAUUUAGUUACAUCCUAGUUAAUAACAUAAAAAAUGAUUUAUUUUUAAUUAUACGUACUUCAAAAAAUAGUUUUCUCUUCCAUA